AUGUCCAGGACGACAAGCGUGCGCGGUGCUUUGGACCCGGUCUCCAGCGAAGAUGAUGAGAUCGUCGAGGUCGUGCCGUCUAUCCCGCUCGAUAUCCUGAUCCCUUCGGUUUACUGGCAUACGUGGAAGGAAUUCUAUCACAGCAAGAAGACCGUGGCGCGCGAUAAACUCGCAGCUCUGGCCGGUCCUUUGCCUGAUGCCCCGCCUCCGCUGCUGCCUGCCGACUGGGACCUCGUAUCCGGUGUGCCGGGCACGGAGUCCGCUACGACACUUGAACCGGAGAUACUGGACCUCAGGAGCUCGCUCACUCUGCAGCCGCACGAACGCUAUGAGAUGAUCGCUCCUUCUAACGUGAACAUCGCUUGGCGGCCGCUGGAACUCGAUUACUCGACGACGCUCGCGUUCAUCCCGUACGCAGAUGAUCCCGACUUCGAGCAAGAAGCAUACGUUUCUGUCUUCCCGAAACUACUUUGGAUGGACGAUAUGAUAGAUCCCGAUCACGAAAUCAUUCAGUACGAGACGCUACGGCGGCUCGUGCUUCGACAUAGGCUGAGUAUGGACACAGUGGACGAGGCGGGGAUUCUGCCGCCUCUCCGGAGCAACGCGGAAGGCGGUCUCUUAUGGGAUGUAUCGCAACGCGACCUGCUACCGUGGCCAGGCGAUCCCGUGUUUCCGGACGCGCCACUUCCCGCGCGCACAUACUUCCCGGAUGCCAUGGAUCUCCCUGGCAGGACGGAAUGGCUGCGUCGCCACUUUUGUCCGAACUUGAACUGCCUUCAAUUUCGGUGCUUGACGCACGUCGACACCGGCUUCGACCCACGCGUCAAGAAGCCGACGAUAACAAAUGCAAUGUGGCUCGAACGUGCCCCGGAUAUGGAGUCCUGCGGUUCAGAGUGCUUUGCUCUGAGAACGUUUGACCCUGAAACCAUGGCACGCACAAGGAUUUACCCAGACGAUCACAUCCUUGCUGGCAUGGAGGAUGGUUUGUUGGUCGAUGGUCGUGGACGCACGAAUCAAAUGUACGGACCGGUGGAUGUCGUUCGAGCGUAUCCUUGGAGUAAUGAAUCGCGUUUUAGUGGCAAAACUGGCACAUUGGUGAUGUGCAAUCACCCCGGACUCCGCUGCAAAGAUGACGCCCAGGAGAUCAUUUUGAAGCACGAUGCGAGCACGAAGGACUAUGCAGCAUCGAGAACAAUUGUCAAUGUGGAAGGAGGUGGAAGGGCUGUACAUGUAGGCGAAAGGGCAAAGAAAAUGGCAAAGACACGCAGCUGCCAUGCGAGCACAAUAGCUCCUGCCCCUGUGACAAAGCGGGCAUGGAAUGUGACCCAGAGGUGUGCAAGUCCUGCGAUAGUGGGAUAUUGGGAGCUAAGGCCCGAUUCAGAUAGGGGCAGACAUUGCCAAAAUUCAAACAUCCAACGGCAGAUACAAGAGCCGCUAUGCAUCAAACCUGGCUUAUAUGGCUUGGGUGCAUUCAGCACUUCAGCAAUCCCUAAAGGAAGAUUCCUCGGGGAAUACACAGGCGACCUCGCGAACCCCGCCGAGCAGGAGGAAGCUGCGGAAAUCCUCGAGAAAUAUGGGAUGAACUACAAAUUUUCACUCACGGAAGACCGGCAUACAGUGGAUGCCGCUACGGUAGGCAACGAGACGCGCUUCCUCAACCAUCGUUCGAAAAAUCCGGACGUUGUCGCGCGAAUCGUGCUCGUCAAUAAUGUUCUUCGUAUAGGCUUCUUUGCAGAGAGAAAUAUCAAAGCGGGGAAGGAGCUUUUCCUCGAUUAUGGCGAGGGGUUUUUCAAACAUUACCACCCGGGUUAA